AUCGUCCUCUACGCGAAAAAAGUCGGGUUUCAACCAGAUUAUCCUUCUCUUUUGCAAAAAAUUAUGCGACUUGAUCCUGACAAAGGUGGAGAAUUCGCUGCUAUGUUGGCUACUGAUGAGGGUGGGCCUUUAGUCGAUAUCGAACGAAUUGUUGAUGUUUUUAUGUCACAAAACUUGAUUCAACAAGCAACAUCAUUUUUAUUGGAUGCUUUAAAAGAUAAUAAACCGGAACAAGCACAUUUACAAACUCGAUUACUUGAAAUGAAUCUUAUGCAUGCCCCGCAAGUUGCUGAUGCAAUUCUUGGCAAUGAAAUGUUUAGCUAUUACGAUAAACCAUCUAUCGCCUCACUUUGUGAAAGGGCUGGUUUACUCCAAAGAGCGCUAGAACACUAUACUGAUAUCAACGACAUUAAACGAGUUAUUGUUCAUACUCAAUCAUUAAAUACUGAUUUUGUCAUCAAUUACUUUGGUAAUUUAUCUGUCGACCAAUCAUUGGAUGUGUUGAAAGAAAUGCUUAAAGUAAACAUUAGGCAGAACUUGCAAAUAGUUGUGCAAAUUGCCACUAAAUAUUCGGAACAAUUGCAACCUUUGAAUUUGAUUCAAUUGUUUGAGUCGUUUAAGACAUACGAAGGCCUUUAUUACUAUCUUGGCUCAAUUGUUAAUCUUAGUACAGACCCCGAUGUGGUUUUUAAAUAUAUUCAAGCUGCUGUAAAGACUGGUCAAAUUAAAGAGGUGGAAAGGGUCUGUCGAGAAAGCCAGUAUUAUGAUCCAGAAAAAGUGAAAAAUUUCCUCAAGGCAUCUAAACUUGCAGAUCAACUUCCCUUGAUAAUUGUGUGUGAUCGAUUUGACUUUGUUCAUGACUUAGUUCUAUAUUUAUAUCAGCAAAACAUGACAAAGUAUAUAGAAGUUUAUGUUCAAAAAGUUAAUUCUGCUCGUACUCCUGCUGUAGUUGGUGGUCUUCUCGAUGUUGACUGUGAUGAAAUAGUUAUCAAGAAUCUUCUAUCAUCUGUUACUGGUCAUGUACCCGUUGAUCAGCUUGUUCAAGAAGUUGAAAAACGCAAUCGCCUUAAGUUACUUUUACCAUGGCUAGAACAGCGUGUUAAUGAAGGUUCUCAGGAUCCAGCUGUGUUUAAUGCUUUAGCCAAGAUAUAUAUUGAUAGUAAUAAUAAUCCUGAGGCCUUUUUAAGAGAGAAUACACUUUACGAUUCUUCAGCAAUUGGCAAAUAUUGUGAAAAGCGUGAUCCAUAUCUUGCCUUUAUCGCAUAUCAACGUGGACAAUGUGAUCAUGAACUCGUCAAAGUUACAAAUGAGAAUUCCAUGUUUAAACAUCAAGCUCGCUAUUUGAUAAAACGUCGUGAUCUAACGCUUUGGGCUCAUGUUCUGGAUCCGAAUAAUAUGUACCGUAGAUCCCUCAUUGAUCAGGACGAUCUUCGAGUAUUGACCA